AUGGCUGUGUCUCCGUCGGAGCUGGACGUGAUCUCGAGGAGCAGCGAGAUUGUUCCCGAUUCAAUCGUCGGCGGCCAAUUUGAGAGCUUCAAACCCACUGCGGCGACCGUGUCGUCGUCUCUCAUCCUCGGAGUUUCGUCCUUGGGGGAAGCUAAGUUCGACGGAGCGAUCAAGAGCGCGUUGGCGUACGGCAAGUGCAUGAUAGCCGCGGAGGAAAACAAGUUCUCCUGCUUCCUCGAUAAGGCGCUGGUGAACGUGGGGAGGGAGCUGAGCCUCGAGGUGUCCGGGCGUGUGUCCACCGAGGUGGAUCCUAGGCUGGCGCACAACACGGCCGCCAUGGUUGAAAGGGUGCGCAACCUCGCGGAGCUCUACAAGGAGGUGGACGUGGGUGUGAACCGAGUGCUGUUCAAGCUGCCCGCCACGUGGGAGGGGAUUGAGGCGGCGAGGCAGCUGGAAGCAGAGGGCAUCAAGACGCACGUCACUGGCGUCGCCAGCUUCGCCCAGGCGUCAGCAUGUGCGCAGGCCAACGUGGCAGUCAUUCAAAUCCCCGUCGGCCGAAUCAAGGACUGGGCGCGCACGCACUCAGGCGACAAGGAAGUGGAAGCUGCAGCAGCCAAGGGCGAGGACCCAGGCGUCAGCCUGGUGCGCCGUGCGUGUGCGUUUAUCGCCCGCAACAACUUCCCCACCAAGGUCAUGGCGUCCAACAUCCGUAGCAAGGAGGACGCACUCAGCCUCCAUGGCACUGACUACCUGGUGGUACCCCUCAAGGUGAUGGAGGCUCUGAAAGACACUCCCGCUUCCCCUGACCUCAAACCUGCAGCACUCAGUUCAGCAGCUGACAAGCACCUGUUUUCCAUCCCAUUCUAA